UUCCCUGCACAAGCCUCCGCAGGGACCCAUGCCCCCGCUCCCUGCCUUUAUAAGUAGCCUCAGCAACCUCAAGCCUUCACUCCCUCGCGCCGCUCCGUCAGGAACUUCAGGAACUCUCUCCCUCUCUCGUUCGCUCCUUCGAAGGACAUGCUGGGAUUGGCGCUGUUGUCGUUGUGCGCCGUCGGGUGGGCGUCCGCCGCGCCCCACGACGAGGAUCUGCGCGCCAGCGUCGUCUUCAACCAGCUGGCGAUCGCCCAGCUGCUCGACAACGUCAGCAACAUCUCUCGUGGUGACGCCGCAGUGACGACGCAGCUGGCGCAGUUAUCCCGCAGCCACACAGCGCAGACGCAGCAGCUGAGUGAAGGCCUCGCUCGGGUGACAUCCAGUGUCGACCUCCUCUCCCAGGCUCUGACGUCACACCUGCAGCAGGAUGACGUCAUCAACCGAGGUACUUUCAUUCCAAGCGACUUCGUGGAAAAGGUGAAAGCACGAGAGAACAAACUGCAAGAGCUGUUGCAAAUGAAUAACCAGACUGCAACCGUCAUACAACAGCUUGAAGAACAGAGUCUGCAACUUCAGAAUGAGGUCGACCUCAGACGCCAAGAGGCCCAGCAGAAGGAGGACUCGAUUGGGCAACUGGAAGCCAGCAUUCGGAGAGUGAAAGAUGACACCCUGCAGCUUUUGGCCAAAGGCAGCGACACAGAAGCAGAAAAGGCCUCCCUUCAGGCAAAAACACAAGCACUGAAGGACCAGGUGGCGGCGGAGAAAGCACUGCGACCUCAGAAACAGGCAACCAAGUCCCAGUUAGACCAACAAGUGGCAGAGUUAGAAAGCAACAGCAAGGAGAUCCGGCAGCAAAUGGCCCGGCUGGACCAGGAACUCGAGCAGCUCGAGCAGAGAAAGGCCACGGCCGAAGGGGAGAAAAGGGCUCAGCUGGGAAGGAACGCCGACUUGAAGGAAGCCAAGGAGGAUGCACUGGCAGCAGAGACCAGGAUCCAGACAGGGAUUGAUCAGCUGACUGGAAGGAUCCGCAGUCUAGAAGCUGAAAAUAAAGUGUUGGAAGGACAAAAGAAAAAGAAAGAAGAUGCGCUUGGUGCUCUUCGAGCGUCUUUGGCAUCUCUAAACACUAAGAAAAUAAAAGCAGACAUAGACCUGUUAGAAAUAGAUGAAGUAUUCGAUCCUUCUUGUUAAUAUUAGCUCGAAGAUAGUUGGUGGAUUGUGCAAUACGCACAGGAUCUAGGAAUAUUGUGUAGGUACAUUAAGUGUCACAGUUUGUUUAUGGAGGUGACAGUGAAGUGCAGUAAGGCAUAAGGGCAGUGGGUAUAGGGGAAAAGUUUAUAAUGGUGACAUUGAAGUGACUACGAAGUGCAGAGUUCUUAAUAAUGAUUAUGUAAAGUAUUCAGUAUCGAAUAUAAGCAUUGGGUAUCUGAAGCACUGUAAGAACUCUAUGAUCCUUUAUCGUAUACAUUUAAUACAGUGAUCUUGUAUUUUAUGCAUAUAUAUAAACCAUAUUAUCCACCACUACUGUGUGACUAAGCAUUAGUAUGUAGGGUUGACAUUUUACGCAAUGGUGUUUGCUGUUUCUUGCCGAUCUGCUCAUUUUUGUUAUUUUCUAUCUCGAUAUGGUACAAGAAAGUAAAUAAGACAAGCUCAAUCUUCGAACUGAAAGGCCAACUUGGGGCUAUAGAUGUUUUCAGAUAUCUGAACAAUUUUCUCCUCUUAACAGAAAUACGCAGCUGCACAAACAUCAGUGAAGCUCUGCAAGCAAGGACCGGCCUCAACGACAACCAAAUCCAAGAACAGCAAGAAGCGAGCGCCCAGCUGGAAGCAAAGCGCAAGCAGAUGGAGGAGAGAAUCCGCCAGGCAGGG